CGCCGAUCAGUCGGACUGCUCGGGUGCUUCUCACCGAAACUCGUGGUGGCGCCGGGCGAAAUUAAACACCGUCUAAGUAACGCUACCGCUAUCAUUAGGAGCGAUUUAAUUAAAAGCUGCAAGUACUAAACCUGCCAAAGUUGUGUACGUGAAGUAACAAUGCACAAACGGGUGAUACAGUAAUGUGAACAGUGAUACAGUGACAACUGAUACAGGCUAAUCUAGAUUUUCCCGCACGUUUCAAGCAAAGUCAAGUGUGGUGUUUUUUUUCUUCUUUUUCUUCUUUCGCUUUCAAGAGGUUGAACGCGUUGCUGUCAUCACGCUAGAUAAGCAACUAAGCCGCAGUGUGGAAAGGUGGGGGAAGAGGAAAUUCUGCGGUUCGGUUGAAGUGAGAGUGAUCUAUAAUGGUUGAAUAAAUGCUGGUUAGUUUCGUUCACACGCAGCCCAACUGCCGUGCACAGAGGAGAGCGUCCGCAGGGAAAGGGAGAAUGUGAAAGUGAGAGCAUUUCGGGCGGUCCGAAAAGUUUGAGUUUUCGAUUGAAGUGAAAAUAAGCAUAGCAAAUAGAGCCUGUGUUGUGUGUUUGUGCUGCUAGUGGUGAUGCGUGAUCUGCCGAAAAGUACCACUCACGUGGUGAAGAAAGCUUCGGAUAUUUUCGUUCCCGGCGAACGACAGCUACAUUUGUACGGCGGGGAUUCAGUCAGAAAAGUAAUCAACACCAACAGCAACAACGGUAACGAUAAAGAUAGCAACAGUCGUAACAGCCAAAGUAGAUUGAACCAUUUCUUCGAAGGAUUAAAGGCUUCUCCGGCUCGGCAGUCCUUGGCCAGUGAGUUGGGUUCUUUUCAUCCAUCAAGCUCGGAGGAUUCUGAUGGUCAGGAUGCCGCAAUCGGCGGGGUUGGGGUAAAUGUGAAUGAAUGCAGUGAUGAAGUGAGCAAUCCAAGUUCUUCUUCGAGUAGUGAAAUUGAAGUGGCCGACGCUGGUGACGAUGACGAUGAUGUUGAGGACGAUGAUGAUGACUACGAAGAGGACGAUGGAGCAGCUUCCGGAAGACAGGAGAUUUCCUUUGACGACGGAAGCAGCUCGCCAUUAGGGACGAAACAGAACUGCACCACCGGCGGUAUGAUGGAGCGGACAGCGGGGCUCGAAGAAAGCCGAAUACCCAAGCUGAAGAAAAUACGUGACGGUAAACAGAAAGAUACGUCUACCUGCCGUGACGAUGAUUUCACCUGGGUCAACUCUAGGAACGAAGCUCCGAAGGCCUCCGUCGAAUCGGAUCGUAGAUCAACUUCGCAUACAACCGCCGGUGGCCGAUCGAUGAGAAGCCAUGACACAAAUGCAAACGUUGGGCCGUCCGGGGCAACGGGUGCUUCCGUAGCUCCCGGCAGUGGCAAACCGCCUCGCCCCGUAACCGGCAGCCUGGACCGUAGGAGGCACAAUCUGGGUGCGAAUCGCCAUGAACGAGACUCCAAAAGUCGUAGCACUCAUUCGCUGAAGGAUAAGUCCUCUUCAUCGGAAUUUCAAAAACCCGACUCCAUGUCGAGCAGUUUGAGUUUGAACUCGAAAGGUAAAGCAACACCUAAGCGUAGUGGUCAUGGACAGCAAGCAGCUGACGAUAAAUUUUGGAUCUUUGAAGAGCAUCAGCAGGAUUCGGGAAGCUUCAAUAAUUAUAACAGCAGCGGGAGUAGUCAUCAGCAUCAGCAUCAUCAUAACAGUAGCAAUAAUAACAGCAGCAGGCAAAGUCCUCGUAUAUGGGAUCCUCCUCCGCCGCCACCAGUGUCACACUGGGAUCCUCACUACUAUUGGAACUGGAAUCAUCAAAGCCGGGAGGAGCUGCGAUUGAUUGAUUAUCACCGCAGACAGCAAGAACUGUACCGAUAUGGAAGCAAUGGAGCUCUUAGCGGUUCCCAGGAACUAACUUGCCCUAGCGGCUGCUGUAACCGUGGUUACUAUCAACCACAUCCACCUCCACCACCACCACCGUGUUGCUCCUGCGAUCACAGCAGAAUGAUGUGGGGAAAAGACUGUCAGCGCCAGGACACGGACGAGCGUCUCCGCCGGCUGCAGACCGACAAAGAGGCACUGGCCCUGCAGGUGAAGGUCCUUACCGAACAGGUACAGUCACAGAGCACCAAAAUUGCCGACCUGGAGCGAACGGUGAGCGAGAAAAACCAGCUGCUGUCGAAUGCGGACGAUCUUUUGCAGCGAGUAAGCCAAUUUGCCAAAACAGUUGGCAUCCAGAUUGACAAACAGAAAGAAAUGCUCUCCAGAUCUUCGCUGGAAACGCAAAAACUAGAACUCAUGUCGGCCAUGAGCGAACUAAAACUGCAGCAAGCGGCCUUGGAACGAGAAAAUCUAGAAUUACGAACCAGUUUGGUUAACGGUACCCCGCUUACCAACGGUAGCUUGCUCACCAAUUUGUUGAACAAUAACAGCAGCAACAUCACGGCGAGUCUUCUGCGGCGGACAGCGCCACUCGGUAGUGGGCGCCUUGUCACCUCAACACCCGGGAACUCAGUCAACACAUCACCACUGCAUCACGGUAGCCACGGUAGUCUGCCCCAGCAAGCCGGGGCCACCUCACCUAGUCCUAUUACACCAAAAACCCCACCAGCUUCCUACCGGCAGCGAGUGGAUCUACACUACAGCAGUCUUCCACGGCAAGCCUUCGCGACGACACUGUCCACCGCCAGCGGAUCAAGCGGUAGUAGUUCCGGGGCCAGUGCACCCGUCAACGGUUCCUCUGACGCCACCGACGCCAACGCCAAUCUGAGGCGCAACGUAGCAUUUGCAAUCGCACCUUCAGUAGCGGAUUCCAAUGUUAGCGGUGAUGCAGCUUUUAAUAUGUCCGCAUCGAUGAAUGCUCUAUCGCUGUCCAGUGCGCUCAGCUCAAAUUUGAAACAAACCAGACCGACUUUCGCUUCGGCACAGAAUAUUCACUGCACGGAACCUCCGGUUGGGUCGUCCCGUGAACAGUUGAUCGAUCUCGACCAAGAUCAUCAGGAACGAGCGACUACGGAACCACCCACCGGAACGGUGGCUCAAAGUGAUGCUCCAAAGUCAUCACAAAACACUCAACUGGCAGCCAAGAGCACUCCCAUUCUGGAUGCGGGUUUUCGUUCGCAGAAAAAUGUUUUCUUCCCGUCUACCGCCGUUGGCGAUCAACUGCGUGGAUAUUCCGUUCCAAAUCUAGACUCCGGAACGAUUUCCAGUGACCGCACUGACGGACAGGCCAGCCAACGGAGCUACACACCGCAACCUUCGCCGUCCCCAUCGAUGAGUCACAAAAAUCUGAAAGGCUUGCGAAAUAUCUUUGGCAAAAUCAAACGCAGCAACAGUGGCACCCUGGAGGACGCACCAAUGGAGGGCGAUUUUAGACGGGGCGGCAUCCGAGCCACUGCCGGUGGACGUUUAGGUUGGAGUACGGAGUUCCGAAAGCCGGACAAACCGUUCCGGGAGUGGAGUUUGGAUGUGUUGUGCCAGUGGUUCGAACAGCUCGGGCUCAACAUGUACGAGGAGGAUCUACGACGGUGGCUGAAGGUGGGCGGAGCAGCCGAACUCGCCCAAGCUUCUCCGGUGGACAUUGAAAAAGAAUUGAACAUUAAAAAUCCCCUGCAUAGGAAGAAGAUUGUGUUGGCGGUGAUCGAUUUCACGGGAAGUGAUGAUAGUGAUGUGUUGUUUAAGAAUGCCGGAAAGUUGGAUACACCUUGGGUUAUUCGAUGGUUGGAUGACGUAGGUUUACCCCAGCACAAAGAUAGCUUCACUGCCGCCCGAAUGGAUGGACGCAUGUUGCACAAACUGACCAUGGACGAUCUAGUCACCCUCCAUGUAACUUCCUGUCUGCAUGUGGCCAGUAUCCGGCGGGGUAUUCAGCUGAUGAGAGAGCAAAAGUGGAACCCGGAGUGUUUAAUCCGACGCUCUAUAACGGAUGAAUCGUGUGGCAUAAAGGAUGAGGUGCAGCUGUGGUCCUGCCAUCGGAUAAUGGAAUGGCUGAGGGCCGUCGAUCUCUCGGAGUAUGCGCCGAAUCUUCGCGGUGCCGGAGUUCAUGGCGCCCUGAUGAUGUACGAGGUUAAAUUCACUGCCGAACUGAUGGCUGAGUUGCUCAGCAUUCCACCGAGUAAAACGUUGCUGCGAAGGCAUCUGGCCACACACUUCAAGGAGCUGCUUGGUAGGGACAUUAUUCAAGUCAAGCGGGAUGCGGAAAAUACGCUCGGAUUUCAACCGCUAACGUUGGCAGCUAAAAUUAAGACGCCCAAAAAGUCGCAGUUUUCGUUGAAGCGCAAAAAGAGCUCCAAGGGGCUCACCGGGGACGAGUGGAGCGAGUACGUGUGCCCGAUGGGUGACUCAGGUCAGGAACAUCUUCCCCCACAGCGACAGCUUCCGUCAUCGCCAAAGUCCGCUGCAUCCGCUGCUGGUUCCGUUAAUAAUACUGCUGUUGUAAAUACCAUUGCUACCACUAGUACUACUACCACCACUAGCAAGGAUGUCAACCAGCAGCAUUACAGCUACCACUCACACGCCACAAGUGCUUCCUCCUACUCAGCUAACACUAAUCAUGUCACUAGCAAUCCGAUGGCGGCUACGACGAAGACUCCCUAUACCUCGUAUCCCGACAGCACGCACAGCAGCAGCACAACCAGCAGCACCACGACUUCCGGAGCCGGGUCCGAAGUUGCUUCACAUCAGCAACUGCUGAGUAAUGUCAACAGCACCGCCGGCUCGGAUUCGCCUACGUCAACGCGCAGCUCGACCACGUCCACCUCCUAGCAGCGGCUGAUCUCGGCAGCCUGCUCCGUCUCUUCGACCGGAUCCUCAUCCCCGAUACCGAGCAGUCUGAUGUCGAGCAAGAAUAACUACUAUAUUGCCUCCUUCUCACCGGUGAAGGACGUUUAUAAGUCCGUUUCGACCAGCUCGAACUAUUCUUCUUCGUCGUCGCUAGUGUCCACAGCGAGUUCGGCCCGACCACAGUCGCAACAAUCGCAGCAACAGCAACAGCAGCAGCAGCAGCAAGCACAACAGAUCAAAGGAGAAGGUGAAUCAUCAGACGGUGGAACUCCCGUACAGCGAUCUGCCUCGUUUAAUACCGCCUGUACUGUCCCGCUCAGUAUUAGCAAGACCACGCACGUCAAGAAUUCUGCUUCGUUCAGCAGCUGCUCCCUGCUGACGAAGGUGGCCAAAAAAUCCGGUCUUUCCGGUUCACUGACUGCUAACUCGCUGCUGAAGUUCUCUACUUCCAGCUCCGCCAACAGUUUGCAGCAGCUAAAGCAGCAACAGCAAGCCAAUGGUAUCACUAUUUCCAGCAACAUUACGGAAGCUUUAGCAAUGGCCGGUCAGAAUCCAAAUCCUUGCUUGUCAGCAUCGUCAUCCGGACAGCUCCGAACGCCACCGUCUGCUUCCUCGACGACGUCGUUAGCCUCUUCGACGACAUCCACCGUGACGGCAGCUGCUGCAGCUCCUGCAACAUCUUCCACCACUGCUGCUGCUGCUCUCUCGUUGUCGCAGUUCAGCAAGAACAACAUUGUUGAUUAUUAUGUUUAAUAGUAAGGAAACCUGUAGUCACUAAGAUGUAGGAACCCAAAAUGUAGAGAUCUUAUUUUUUUAGAUAGAUCACAUUUUUACAUUUAGGUUAGUACGAAAGGUCGCCUACUCGAUGCUUGGGACGAUUCGAGGUAGACCGAGAACGAAUGUAUUUCUCUACUCUCUUUCAACCUUUCUGUUCUUUCUUUCAAUCGAGCUAAGCAAACCAUGAAACCAUGUACCAUUGAGAGUAAAAUAAAAUCUAUCAACAAACAACGGGAACAAAACGCCCCACUGAAUACGACCAGAUAUUUAUACCACUACUAAUGAGUAAUAGACUAAAGUAAAAUUUAUUCUAAUGUGUACCUAUUAGAAGAAACUAGAUCCUAUUAUGAUAAAAUAAGAUAAGAACGAAGUCAUCAUAUCUUGUACCAAUAAUAUUCGAAACCCGCAGAAAUACUUCUACCAGUGUUUAGACAUUUUCUAUCUAUACGUGAUAAACCGAACAUCCCUUUCCUUGGACCAGACAAGCGGCUAGCCAUGCUGCAGCAAUUAGUGCCAAUUGAAAUAAGCUUGAGUUGAAUAAAAAAAAUCACAAGUAAGUUUGUAAUUAAAGUAUUAGAAUUUCCGUCAUAACUUCCAUGUUGAAUAAAGUUAAUACUUUAUAAGCAGACACCCGGUUAUUACGGGAACGAUAAAAUGAUUGUUGAACCCUUCAGAAUUACCCUUCAAACAGAAAUUUACCAUCGUACACAUUACCACCGGAAGUUGUAUUUCAGCUACUCGCGCUAACAGUAAACUGUAUUGACGGUUUGAUUCGAAUUUGACUCUGAACAAGACUCAGUUUUUCACUUUCAUUUGUAAAUGCAUUUCGUUGGGAUACCUGCACUUGUCAAAUGCAAUAACACAACACACAGGCACAAUAAAAGAAAAAAAAAAAUAAACGGUAAAGAAAGUCGCGAGCGAUAUUCCGAAGCCAAAGACAAUAAUAAAUCACACAGCAGAACAGUUGGAUGCAAUAGAGAGGAUACAGUUUUUCUCGCGUAUUAGAAAGUUUACAGGAAAUAACCAGUACAGGAAAUAAAGUUACAAAAGUAAAGAUAGGUAAAAAGUUACUCUAGUGUUGCAAUGCUAGACCAGUCUUCGGUAAAAAAUUAACUUUUAAACUUUUCUCAAAUCUGUGCCCUUGAUCUAUUUUCACUUUCUGCUCUUCCUCUAGAGUACGAUUUACUUCCACUUGCUUUUGGAGGAAGAUGUUUUCAACAACAAAUAAUUUUGCAUGUAAACUUCAAUCGAGUAAUUCGACACAUCGUUGUUAAAAUUAUAUGCUAUAAGAACAGUCAGUCUAUGCUGAUAAAACCUGUGCGCGUUAUAACAAAAUACAAGAAAUAAUAAUACCAGUUACAGUUUGUUGAAAGCCAAAUGAAGCAAAAAUGGUACGGCGCGUAGUGUAUAGAUAAUUAAACUAAACUAAUAAAAAUCUGUUGGAAAGUUGUUUACCGUUUUUUGCGAGUAUUGAAAAUUAAAUACAAACAUAAGUACUAAUUGACAAACCAAACACACCGACAGCUGUCGAGGGCGACGAGAGGCGUCUUGUAAUCACGACCAGAAUGACUUGUACUCUGAAAUGAUAUUUUGACGGUUCGGUAGUAGCCAAAAAUAUUCAAUAUUGGUAUUUGAUAAUUUUACAACACACUCAAUUAUGGAAGGCAAACAUAAUAUUAUACAAGCGAAGAUCAGUUUACGGAGUUUACGAAUUGAAUAACUGACAGAAAAUAUUACCGAAUAAAGGAGAGAAAAAAUGUCAUAGAAAAGUAAAACAUUAUAACCGAGUCAUUUGGUAAAAUCUGAUAAAUAAAACAACCAUUCGAGAAAUUACUCAUUCGCUGA